AGGAUGCGCGCAAUUUUUGAAAGUCAAUUGGCCCCGCUGGUUUUACUUGGGCAGGUCGGGUCCUGGCUUUUUACUUCGUGUGGCUGAUGUGUUAUGCACAUUCCUACACUGAUUAAAAUCCGGCAUACUCAUUCUUAUUUGCCUUGUAGGUUUUAAGGAAUUGUCCUGCUGGAUUUUAAUCAACCGGUAUUUGAGAUUUUUUUUAGCGUUUUUUACAUUUAUAUCGCAACACACAAACCUGCCAGGGGAAUGGCAGACUGGAAGUCGCAUAUAAGUUACAACUACAACCCUUCUUACCAUGCCUACGCCUACAGCCUCAUGUACCAGCCCGGGACCGAACAGAACCUCGGAAACCUGCCCAGCUGGGGAGAGGCUGGAGUCACAGACUUGAGCAACAACAACGCCGGGGUGACACAGGCCUACUUCACCACCACUGCCAGGACCCGGGAGGAGUCCCCGCCUCGCAGUCCGGAGCAGCACGCCGUGGACGGCCAUUGUCUCUACCAGGGCUCCGGGGUUGUCUACCUCGGUGACACACAGACGGGCCGUCUGCUCUUGGCCGCACCACACCGGGCUGCCUACGACCCACGGGCACAUGAGACCAAACGGGCUGGGAGCGAUUCAACCAGUGACUCGGAAGCGUACAUCUCGCCAGAUUCAUGGAGUUCUGGCAGCAGCAGAGAGGGAAGUCUCCCCCAGGCAGACCCAGCUACCUGGGUGAAAAAGGAUCUUGACGAGGAGGCAAGCAGCAGGAGCCCUGAUGGCAGUGAGGACUUUUCUAGCUCUCUCAUGGAGGAGCCGGGGACCUUUGUGAUCACAGGGAACGAGAGCGCCAACGACGUCGCCUCCCUUCACGUGCCCUUAACUGCCCCAAAGAAGCCAAGCACUACCUCUGUGACUAAAGCAAAGGCCCGAGCAGCCUUCUCAGAGACUCAGAUGAAUGUUCUUGUCCAGCGCUUCAGUGUGCAGAGGUACCUCCCCCCAGCUGAAAUGAAGAACCUGGCAGAACUGACCGGGCUGACCUACAAACAGGUUAAGACUUGGUUUCAGAACCGAAGGAUGAAGCUGAGGAGGCACCAGAAAGACACGAGCUGGGUGUCUGAGCGCUACACCACCAAUAAAGACAGUCAGGUCCGCGGAACCGUCUUUAACGUCCCGUCACAUAUCCCGUGUUAUCAAGGAGAAGCCCGGCCCCAGCUCAAGGAGUAUUACAACCAGCACAUUAUGGAGACAGCCUUCAAGAAGACGGCUCCACAGAACCCAGCCUUCUAUGUGGCAGCUAUGGGCUCUGCUGCUGGAUACCCCUCGUGGUCCCCCGGCCCGCCUCAGGCUCCUGGCUGGUCCAUGCCUCCUGGCAUCAGCCACUACGAAUACAACCCCAGUGCCUUCAGUUCAGCCAGCGUUGCCUCUGCCAGUAACCCCAGGCAAGACGCGAGCUUCGAGAGCAAAGAGGUGGAGCCCGUGAACGGCCGCAGCUCCUUGAACGCCACCGUAGCACAUAACAUCAGCCAGUAGUCGUUUGAGCGUCAGUGUAAAUGUUACCCAGCAGCCGUGUUAAUAUUCUUCUAUUCGAGUUUCCUGACUGUAGUUUGUGAUUAACUGGUGUGCUUUUCAGGCUGAGUGUACAUAUGCCUUGUUCAUACUUCUGUUCAAAAGCAUUUUACCUUUUUUAUCUUGAAGUUUUAUUUUUAUAUACAACUAUUUAAUGUAUGUUGGUGUGUUCUCUGUGCUUGGUGAUAACAUGUGUCCAAGUUGGAUGCAUCCUUUGGAUUAACUUGUUUUUGUUUUUUUAAACAGUUUUAAUACAAAGUGCUGGUACAGAUCAUGCGCACACAUUUCAACACGCAUUUUUUUUCUUUAAAUACAGGUUCACUUUGGCAACUUGAAAUAUUGUCUUUGUUUCACUGAGACUGUGGUGAUGCACUAAAAUCUUUAACAUACA